AUGCAGCAAACAACAACGAUUCCAUCACUUCAGUACGAUUUCCAGCCUUCACCAGACAUUUAUUCGCAAUACGGUAUGGGUUUGUUGUCCUCUAAGCGGAUGGGUACAGAUGCUGCUACAGACCAGCUAUGCCAGAGCAUAUCAUCUAUCACGGUCAAUGAUAAGGAAAAUGGGAUGAACGAGACGCAUUGGUGUUCCCCAUGUAGCCAGUACACUGAUAGUUCUGGUUACACCUACUUAAAUCCAGCGGAACACCAACUGAUGGCUUGUGAUAGCUGUGUACAACAAUGCGAAGUGUCACGUAUCAACAGCUUGAGAAAUGGUGAAUGUUGGGAUAGCUACGAAUGCUACGGCGUAAACAACAAUAUUGAAUUAAUGCAGCCGACAUUGUUCUACCUAUUAACAUCGGGUUGCAUUGCAAAUUUUGGCAAGGACGAAAAAGGCAGCCGAUUCGUCCAAGAAGAAUUUACAAAAAGCUCGCCGGUGAUUCGUCAAAUGAUGUUUGAUUACCUUUUCGAAAGAGGUGGAUUUGAUUGGUUUUCUAAUGAUCCACACGGAAAUUUCAUCAUCCAGAAAAUCGCAAUGGAAGCGUUUCCUGGCAUAGAACAAGCCAGAGUCGUCGAACAUGUGGCAAAUAAAGUGGUCAAAAUGUGUUCAAACCGUUAUGGAAGCAGAAUCAUGCAGCGUGUUUUCGAAAGGUUUGAUUUCGGAUACAGAGUUGAACUUCUGAAUAAGCUCAGUGGAUCGGAAUGUUUCCUAGCGGUUGACAGUUGUGCUACUCACGUUAUGCAGAAAUUGUUUGCUCUUUUUCCACCGACAAAAUAUAGCUUUAUUGUGAUAGCGCUUACACUUUCGAAAGAGAAUUUCAAGCAAGUUGUUCAAAACAAAUAUGGAUGCCGCGUUAUCCAAUCCGCUUUAGAGGAACUUGAAAUAUCGGCGUGUACCACACGCUAUGCCAAUACUCCAAAUGAAUUCAAGACAGCAAGACGACUUCUGAAUAAACUACUGCGACGGCUAACAGAGAACUGUACGGAGUUUACAGAUCAUCAGUUUGCGAACUACGUCAUGCAGCACGUCAUCACCUCGGAGUUCCAUCCUGAUGCUCGAGAUUACAUUAUUAAACAUGCCAUUCUAAGUAAUGUGCUAACGUUAUCACAAGAAAAGUUUGCCUCUCAUGUCGUCGAAAAGUCACUGCAACACGCAUCACCAAAAGUACUGCAUUGUUUGAUGGGUGAAAUCUUUGAUGGUUAUGUCAAGGAUGACAAAGGGCGCGAUGCGCUCGAUAUAAUGCUAUUUGAUCAGUAUGGCAAUUAUGUUGUGCAAACAAUGAUUAACGUAUCAAUUGACGUAUAUGAAGAUAGACGCGAAGGUGACCUGCUAUGGCUGGCUCGCCUGUCUGAACGAAUCUCUCGACAUGAACCUCGACUCAUGCGAUAUUCAUCUGGUAAAAAAAUAAUCGAGAAAAUGAAACAGCUUCCAUGCAUUUUGUUGUCAAUCUUGCCGGGUAUUGCCCUUGGCUCGCAACUACCUGUACAGCUAGUUUUGUAG